CUAAGACAUAUGUCGCUAUCCCCACUAGGAAUUAGAAAAAUUGUCUCAAAAUACUAGUAUUUCCAUAGAUGCUUACAUAGAUCAAUGCAUCGCGUCCUAUUCUCAAUUACAACUCAUUUCUUCAUGUAACCAGAAUUAGGAAACCGUAAGCAUGCGGCCAUCCACCAUAUCCUGUACACUUGCUCUUGGCGGCCUGGGGUCAGCGAUUCCGUACUCGAACAGGCUGCAUAAAAACACGGCCCUCGCCAUCAUCGACGUGCAGAACGACUUUAUCAAUGGUUCAUUGGCUAAUCCGCGGGCGCCUGUGAUUCUGCCUAAGAUCUACCAGCUUCUGGACAAUCAUGAAUGGCCAUUCAUCGUUGCAUCACAAGACUGGCACCCCCGGGGACAUGUCUCAUUCUUUUCAAGCCAUCCGGGUGCGGUAUCCGGGGACUCGGUGAACGACAGCUUCGUAGACACCCCCACCAAAAUCGAAACGCAGAUGCUCUACGCAGACCACUGCAUUCCAGAGACCUGGGGCGCCCAAAUCGAGAGCGGUGUCCAGACUCGGCUGCAUCUGAUCGAAGGGUACCGUAGCCCCGUCAAUUACAUCAAGAAGGCGCAGGACCACCGCGUGGACUCAUACUCAGCCUUCGCGGAUAACCAGUACCAUCGGUUUACGACUCUGCACUCGGAGCUGGGGUUGCACAGCAUCGAAACUCUUAUCGUCACCGGGCUCUUGACCAAUGCAUGUGUGCGCGGCACCAGUAUCGAUGGGAUUAAGCUAGGAUACGAAGUCAUUCUCAUCGAGGACGCGACCGAGUCUACAAGCGCCGAGGACAAGGAGGCUGCAAUUAAAGAAUUGGAGGGUUGGGGCGUGCAGGUUAUGAAUUUGACCACUUGGGAGAAUGCGAAUCCGACGCCUGUUAAGUUAAGGAGGAGAAGCGAAUUGUGAUUUAGGUUCUGCCUGACUAAUCUCUUCAUAUGCUCAAUGUUAUGUAAGCC